AUGGCAAAAUCUUACUUUGCCUUCCAAUUCAAGUCAUCCUUUGGAGAGAUCACUUCAAGUAACUCACAUUUGAUUGUUUCUUCCAACGAUUGGAUCUUUACUUCUUCCAAUGAAUCAGUCCUCAUAUGAAGCGCAAAACGACUUGAACUAAUAAAAUCCCUUUCCCAAGGCCCAGAUAUUAUCACAUCUCUAGCUCUAUCCACCAAUUCUUUAAGCGCUGGCUUUAGAAAUGGAACAAUCCUCGUCUGGAGCUUAAGUUCAUGGGAAAUUUUACACAAAUUUGAAGGCCACGAAUCAGCAGUAUCUGCUCUUACCUACUCAUCAGAUGGGCUGACUCUUUAUUCUGGGUCUUAUGAUACCUCUAUUAUUGUAUGGGACUUAGUCGCAGAUGCAGCUUCAGUCCGUCUUCAAGGCCACAAAGACUCAAUAACAUCAUUAAUUGUCCGUGAAAAUUCAUUGAUCUCUGGCAGCAGAGAUCGCAUGAUAAAGAUAUGGGACUUAAUCAGCGAAAUGUGCUCUGAUACCUUGCUUAGCUCAAGCGAAGUAUGGAGCCUUGAAAUUAUUGAAAAUAAGCUCUAUGCUGGAAGUGGAGAUAAGUACAUUCACGUAUGGGACUGCAUAGAUAACUAUAAAGAGCUCGGAGCCAUCUCAAAGCAAAUUCCAAAAGGAAGAACUAAAAGUGUAUCAAAGCAUCCUAAUGAGUCAAUUUUUUUGGUCGUCAGCAAAGGCUCACUUGAAGUCUGAAGAACAAGAAAAGAGAACGAAAUUGAUAAAAUGAUGAAAAGAAGAAGGAAAAGAUUAAGAGAAAAAGGCAAAGAUGAAGAAGAAGUCAAUAUGGUCUUUACAGAUUAUUACGAAAGAAUAGUCUUACACAAACCAGACUCCAAAAUUGCAAGUGCUCAAUUUUUCCCUACAAAGUACAAAAGCAGCACACAUGAGCAUAAAUUCAAAAUAGCAAUAAGCUAUGCUACAAAUUAUAUGCAAAUUUAUGAUCUCAGCUGCAAUUUGGUUACAAAAGUAAAAACUGCUGCUUCAUUUGAACUUAUUUCUACUCUUGAUCGAGAAGGGCAUCGAUCAUCAGCCAGGACGCUAUCAUUGUCCCAAGAUAAUUGGAAUUUAUUAUCAGGCUCAGGCGAAUCCUUGAAAAUUUGGGACCUAAAAACCCAGACCUGCAUCAGUACACUUGAAUGCGAUUACGCUCUUACCAGCUUAUUCCUCCCUGGAGAUAGAUUCGUUAUAAUUGGUACAAGGUCAGGCUUACUCCAAGCUUUUGACAUCUUAUCACAUGAGAAAAUAUUUGAAAAGAAAGGCCACGAAGGAUCUGUGUGGAGUAUCUGUUUAUUCCCAUCAUCUCUUGUAUUAAUAAGUGGAGGCGCAGACCAUGACUUGAAAUUCUGGCAAAUCAGACUCCAGCCUGAGUUCAAGCUAAAAUUGACUGAAGUUUUUUCUCUCAAAGAUGAGAUUUUAUCAGUAAAAUGUUCCCCAGAUGGAAAAUUAAUAUGCUCUUCACUAUUGGAUUCGACUAUUCAAACAAUUUACAGUGACAGCAAAAAGCUUUACUUGUCACUUUAUGGGCAUAAACUCCCAGCCUCUUGUUUUGACAUCUCUUCAGAUUCCCUUAUUCUUGUGAGUGGCUCAGCUGAUAAGAACCUUAAACUGUGGGGAUUGGACUAUGGAGACUGCCAUAAGUCAAUUUUUGCCCAUGAUCAGCCUAUUUCUGAUGUAAAGUUUGUAAAAGACACACAUUUAUUCUUUUCAGCAGGCAGAGAUAGGCUAAUUAAAUAUUGGAAUGCUGACACUUAUGAAUGCAUUUUGACGCUCAAAGGCCAUAAAGCAGAAAUUUGGUCCAUUAUAUUGAGUUCUGCAGGCGACUUUUUGGUAUCGGCUGGUAAUGACUAUUCAUUGAGACUUUGGGUGCAGACAAGUGAGCAGAUUUUCUUGGAAGAAGAAAAGGAAAAAGAAAUUGAAGAGUCCACAAAGCCUGAAGAAUUAGGAAUUCAAAAGCCAGUUGGAGAAGCUGUACCUGUGCUAAGAACUACAAAUGAAGCGCUGAAAGCUGGAGAAGUACUAAUAGAGGCGUUAGAAGUUGCUAGGCAGUAUAGAGAGCAUUUAAGCCAAGGAGGAAACGCCCUACCACCUCCACAUUAUGGAGGACUUGAUGAACAUGGCUAUAUUCUUAAAAUUCUGACAGGGAUACCUUCUUCAUCUUUUGAUUCAGCAAUCCAGAUGCUUCCGUUUGCUUAUGCGACGAUGCUAUUUUAUCAUUUAGAAAGCUAUUUAGAUAAGGGAGUAGAAACUGAGCUGACAGUAAAAUGCAUUUUGAUGCUGAUGAAAAUUCAUGAAAAUACGCUGGUUUCAAGUGUGUAUAGCAAUGAAGAAUGGCUGAUUAGAAUAGAAAGGGUCAAAAGCAAAAUGAUGAGCAGAAUAAAGGAGAUUAAAGAUGUGAUAGGGAGGAACGUAGCUGCUUGCAAGUUUGUAGCAAGGUAUCUUCAGGAUCAAAAAGGAAUGCCUAUUACAGAGCUAUCUUAG